AUGGCUAAAUUCUGUUCAGAGAUUGGAAUUCGUCUUGCAGUCAGAGGAGAAACACUCGCUAGAGGUGAAAAGAUAUCGGAGCAAGUUAUCAUCGGAACUCCCGGAAAAGUUUUAGAUUGGGUCUUAAAAUUCAAAUCCUUCGACGUCAAGAAAAUUAAGGCGUUUGUACUGGAUGAAGCGGAUAUCCUGAUCGACAACCAAAAUCGUCACAAUCAAUCGAUCCGAAUUCACAAACAACUUUCUGCCGAGUGCCAGAUGAUGAUGUUUUCUGCAACUUACACCGACGAAGUUAUGGAUUUUGCCAAAAUUAUUGUGCCUAAUCCGGUUGUUUUGCGGCUGAAGAAAGAAGACGAAAAUCUGGAGAACAUCAAACAGUAUUACGUGGUGUGCAGAAAUCCCGAUGAUAAAUUCACUGCCUUAGCAAAUAUUUACGGAGUUUUAUCUAUUGGCCAGGCUAUUAUAUUUUGCCAGACAAGACUUACUGCAUCUUGGCUAGCCGAGAAAAUGACAAGAGAAGGACACGCAGUUGCCCUUUUAUCUGGCGACUUGUCGAUCGAACAGCGAAUUGCCGUUCUCAACAGGUUUAGAGAUGGAAAAGAAAAGGUCCUUAUUACAACCAAUGUUUGUGCAAGAGGUAUCGAUAUCGAACAAGUUACUUUAGUGGUAAACUUUGAUUUGCCAGUCGAUCAGAAAGGCAAUGCGGAUUGCGAGACUUAUCUUCAUAGAAUUGGCCGCACGGGAAGAUUCGGAAAAUGUGGAAUUGCCAUAAACAUGGCGGAAGGAGAAAGAUCGAUGAAGAUCUUGGAAGAAAUUGAAAACUGUUUCAGUACGUAA